GUAGUGUGAGUACGUGUGUGUGUGUGUAUGUGUGUGUGUGUGUGUGUGGAGAAUCAUCAUGCCUCUGGACGUCAGAUGGCCGUUCCCACAAUGUCCUGCUCUGGCCUGGAGGAUCUCCAGCUCAGUCAUCAUGGGCAUGGUGGGCUCGUACUCGUACUUCUGGACCAGUGAGUUACACACACGCACGCAUGCACGCACACGGGUGUGGGAGCUCACAGUGUCUUUGUGUAUGUGUGUGUGUGUGUCUUCAGAGUACAUGAACCGCUUGACCGUCCACAAUCAUGAAGUUCUUUUGAACCUGGUCGACCAGAGACCCUCGGACACGCCCCUCAUCACUCUGUCAAAUCACCAGUCCUGCAUGGAUGACCCACACAUCUGGGGAAUCCUGAAACUGCGACAGCUGUGGAACUUUAAAAAGAUGAGAUGGACGCCGACAGCGUCUGACAUCUGCUUCACGCGGGAGCUGCACUCCAGAUUCUUCAGCCGAGGAAAGUGUGUCCCAGUCUGCAGAGGUGACGGCGUUUACCAGAAAGGGAUGGACUUUAUUCUGGAAAAACUCAACAAAGGAGAAUGGGUGCACAUUUUUCCUGAGGGCAAAGUGAACAUGACAGAAGAAUUCAUACGACUGAAGUGGGGUGUCGGUCGUCUCAUCGCUGAGUGCUCUGUUAAUCCCAUCAUCCUGCCGCUCUGGCAUGUGGGCCUCAGUGACGUUCUGCCCAACAUGAAGCCCUACAUUCCUCGCAGUGGAAAGAGAAUCACCGUCCUGGUGGGGAAACCAUUCAGCGUCAAAGAUCUCGUUGAGUCUCUGCGAGCUGAAAACAAGAGCCAGUUGGAAAUGAGGAAGACGUUGACUGAUUUCAUCCAGGUAGAGUUUCAUCGUCUGAAGACUCCGGCUGAAGAGCUGCACCAGCAAAUCCACACAUCGUGAGUCCAGACUUCACCUGCUCACUCUCUGCCAAAUCACACGGAACAACCUUUAUCCUCAACCUGAGGGGAACAGUUUUUUUACCUCCUCCUCCUCGUCACGCCAUCAUCCUCCACAGACGAGAAUCAAACUGAAGAACACGUCUGGAUUAAAGGCAGAUUCUGUUUAAUCUGCCACACACUCUAAUGCUGCUGCAACAACAGACGCACAUGAGCAUGAAUGAACAAAGAUGAACGCAUGAACUCAUGUCAUCAGUCAGUGCGGCGUUGCCUCAACGGAUCCUGAAGAGACAAAGAACUUUCACAGAGUUCAGAGGUCAGAGGGAAUUUUUUAAAACGAAACUUUUCAUGGGAAUUAAUGAGAACUUGGAAAUGUUCAGGUUGUGAACAAAAAUUUAGUUAUUAUUAUUAUUAUUUUACUUCCUCACAUAUACUUCACUCACUGGUUUAGUCACAUUAGAUUAAGAUGGAGCCACAGAUAAAGUGACUAAUUAUUAUUAUUGUUUAAUGUAUUAUUAUUGUUAUUGUGAUUUGUUUCAUUUUCUACACACUGGUCAAAAUUCUGAUCACAUACCCUGGUACAGUAUAUACAGUAGAACAGUAUUUCUGAUUUUCCUACCACCAGAGUACACGUACCACAGUUUUUGGCACAGCUUAACAUUUUUUUUCCCUUUUCCAUCAAUCAUAGAACCUGGUGCCUGGUGUUUUUUUAGAUUGUAUAAUUUUACAUAAAUGUCUUCUCAUGACAAACAUGUUUAUAUUUUUAAGUGAUAAAGUUUCUUUAAAGAUAAUUCCCAUGGAAAGUUUCCUGUUUGGGAUAUUGACAAAAUUCCCAAGCAUUUUAAGGGAGUUUAGCAGGGGAUUUUCCGUGCCUUUACAGCCCUGAUAUCGGUGUAUAUUUUACUUUGAGUUCACAUUAUCAGUUAUGACGCUCAUCAUCAUGUCAGUGUGAAAUCAUUUAACGUCGAGAAAAAAAACAUGUUUUUACAUGUCAUUUUAGCCGUGGCGACGCGUUUUCACCAGUUAAAUAUGUCUGACGGGAGGAAUUAGUAAUGUUAGUAACCAGGAAGACAUAAAGUUUUGAAUAAGCAGUGACAGACUUGUUGUAAACAUUAAAGUCAUGUUGUGAGUGAAGUGAA